GCAGCCAGCCGGAAAUCCAGAAAUUUCCGAAAGUAACCGAGUAUGCUGAAAUGUCAAACAUGGCUGCACGUGGAAUUUUGAGACUGGGAACAAAGUUACAUUUGACGAGAACUUUUGAAUUGAAUGUACCGAAAAUCUAUGUUCUGACAUCACAGGUUGGCUGUGUGAACUGUGCUGAAUCUAGACAGAGACAUUUACAUUCAGUAGUUCAGUGUUCUCAACAUCACAUCUUCAAUAGACAAUUACCAGUGCAACAGUAUAGAAGAUACAAGACGUCGGAAUACUUUGAGGACAGAGAGUCUUCAGAACAAGAAGAGGUUAAUGGAGAAUUUGACAAAUAUGGAAUUUCAGAGAUUACACAGAACAAACUCAGAAGUAUGGGUAUAAAGUAUCUGUUCCCUGUACAGUAUCACACAUUCAAGCCAACUAUUGAAGGAACUGAUGUCAUUGUUCAAGCAAGGACAGGCACAGGGAAGACACUAUCUUUUGCACUACCAAUAGUGGAAAAAUUGCAGCAAAACCCUGGAAGAUUCAGACAAAGGGGCCGAAAGCCAUUGGUAGUUGUGUUAACUCCAACAAGAGAGUUAGCCAAUCAAGUGCGGGAAGAGUUUCAAAAAUUGAGUGAUAACGUGCAGGUGACGUGUGUAUAUGGUGGUGUGUCAGCAGUGCCUCAAAUUCAAGCUAUUAGAAAUGGUGUAGAUGUUGUUGUUGGUACACCAGGUAGGAUGAAGGAUUUGAUGGAGCAGGGUGUUCUCAGUCUCUCCCAGCUGGAACAUGUUAUACUUGAUGAGGUGGACCGUAUGCUAGACAUGGGCUUUGAUGAACAAGUAGAAGAUAUAAUAAAAGACUGUUAUACAACUGGAGAGAAACCCCAGACUAUGUUAUACUCGGCUACUAUGCCAGAUUGGGUGAAGCGUACAGCCAGGAAUUACCUUGACAAUGAUUAUGAAUUGAUCAGUCUUGUUGGUGCACAAUCUGAACAAACUGCCACAACAAUUAAGCAAUAUGCAGUACCAUGUCGAGCCACAGAACAACCUGCAUUGAUAAGUGACUUUGUGAAACUGUUUGUGAAGAAGGAUGGAAGAGCUAUUGUAUUCUGCCAGACCAAGAAGGAAGUGGACCAGCUGUGUCUAGGAGUUCUGAAAAAGGAAGCCAAAGGAUUUCAUGGUGAUAUUGCACAAGCUUCACGAAGCUAUAUCUUAAAGGGAUUUAAAGAUGGAGAUUUUAAGGUGCUUAUAACAACAGAUGUUGCUGCUAGAGGCCUUGACAUUCCAAACAUAGAUCUUGUUAUUCAAGCACAACCACCAUCUGAUACCAGUUUUUACAUUCAUCGUGUAGGUCGUACAGGUAGAGCAGGUCAAACUGGGAUGUCUGUAUUACUGUACCAGUCUUCAGAAACCCAGAUGAUGAAGGACUGUGAAAGAGUGGCUAAAGUGAAGUUUGAAAGACUGAAACCUCCAACUGUAAACCAGAUGCUAGAGAUCUGUGUGAAAACUGCUGUCAGUGACAUCCUGAAUGUACCUGAAGAUUUGAGUCAACAUUUCCAUAUGGCUGCAGAUAUGAUGAUUGAAGAGAAAGGUGCUAAGCCAAUGUUGGCUGCUGCCAUGGCACUUGUAUCCAGGGCAGGAAAUUACUUCAACAGGUCUCUUAUAACACGGCAGGAGGGUUACACUACCUUAUUAUAUACGGGUGGUAGAGGAAUGGGAGCAAAUAGGUUUGCACUGGACAAGAUACAUGGAUACUUACGAGAGCUGAAUGUACCAGUAAAAAAUGCUCACCUUCUUCAAGAUUCUAAUGGUGUUGUGUUUGAUGUGGAGACUGAUAAUGUACACACUGUUCUCAAAGGAUUUGAUGACAUUAAAUCAGAAGAUAGUGAAGGUAUCGAAAAAAUAAAUAACUUGCCUGAAAUCAUGGAACACAGACAUUCUUUUAAGGAACCACAUCGUCAUGGUAGACAUGGACGACCAUUUAAAAGAACCAGUAGGCAAAGAUUUGAUUUUUUUGAUGAUGAUGAUGAUGAAUUUGAUUCACACUUUGCACAACAUUCAAGUAAAAAUAGAUACCAAAAUAACAGAUAUAGUAGACAGGAUAGAUUUGACAGUCCUAGAGAUAGGGACUAUGGUUACCGUUCUUUCAAACCCAGUGACAGAGGACAGUUCAACAGAGGCUCAUCACAAUUGAACAGAGGUUCAUCACAGUCCAACAGGAGAAGCAUGCGAGAUAUGUUUGAUGAAGAUGAUGAUUGAUCAAUGAUUAUUGAUCAUUAAAUUUUUUACUUUUAAAGGUUACAAAAGGUCCUCCAUUUUGCAUUUGAAAAAAAAAGAUGCACAGGGUACCACAACAGAGCUUUUUGUAUCCUCUGUUUAUUCAAGAUGGUGGGAUGCUGAUUGGAGGAGAUAUAACUUGAAUGAAAAGUAGUUACAGCUAUCUUCAAUGGAAUAUAAAUUUGUAAUUAAAAAAAUUUUCCAAGAUAAAGUGAAUGGAAUUCUUCUGUCUCCUCUAGAUUUCAUGUCCUGAUGUUUUGCGCAUGAAAAGUAGCCACCCACAGAUGUGUAAAGAUUUCAUGAUAGACCAAGUAGUAAAAACAACAGGUUGUCAAUAUAAAAAAAGAUACCUUUUGAUUAUUUGGUGAAUUUUUCAUAUUCAUUUGUAUUAUGAUUUUGCUCUUUAUGUUAUUAUUGAAGAAAUCACUUUAAACUUGGGAAUGAAAAUUAGAGCAGUUUAUUGUGCAGAUGGUGUAUCUCUGAAACACCACUCAUUGAGCAUUGGUGACCAGGACACCAGGAAUGACUUGAACAGUUGUUAUAAUUACUUGAAACCAUGGAUAACUGGGGCAUUUUCCUCAUACAUUGCACUCUGAGCAGUGAGCCAUCUGUAAUUUACUGUACUAAUGGUGUAACAUUGUUCUAGGUGUGUUACACAUGUUGUAAUGUGAUACAUUAGGCAUGCAUGAUGAAAUAAGCUGCGCCAUGAGAAAACCUACAUAGUGGGUUUGCGACCAGCAUGGAUCCAGACCAGCCUGCGCAUUCGCGCAGACUGGUCAGGAUGUUCGCUAACAGUUUCUCCAAUUCAAUAGGCUGUAAAAGCGAACAGCAUGGAUCCUGACCAGACUGCAUGGACGCGCAGGCUGGUCUGGAUCUAUGCUGAUUGCAAACCCACUAUGUUGGUUUUCUCAUGGCACGGCUCAUUAAUAAGUAAUUUAUGUAUUUUGGUUGGCUAACUGUUACACAGUUCUUCUUUGUACAUUACUCACUAAGUUUGCAAGUAUAGCAAGAAACUCAAAGGUUACUUCCAGACAUCACUGUGUAUGUCAGUCAGGCUAUUUUUCCUGGAAGUUUCUAGAAAUCCUUUAACACAUACAUAUGAAUGCUUGAGUUUAGAAUAUUUAGUUGAAUGAUUGGAGUUGUAUUUAGAAGGGUUUUACGAAGUGGCUAGUUAAAAUCUACUCCAUCCCUUGGGUAGGCAUUUGGCAUACCUUGUUUAAAAGUGACAGUUAUUUUGUACUGGAAAUGAUUCAGUGGUCAAAAUAUUUUACCAAAAAAGUAACUUCUUCAACUGGUACUUAAAGAAAAGUUAAAACAUAUCUCUUACAUAGAGGAAUCAUCAUGUAAAAUAACAAACACAAAGUUAUUUAAAGCAACUUUCGUGUUUCUGUGUUAAAGUUGUACAUUUAUGUACUUGUUUGUUAAGACUAUAAAUUAGUAAAUUUAUGAAAUUUUUA